CAACGGAUGAUAGUGAAUGGAAGUUUAGUUUUUGAGUUUGGGAUAGAUCGAGGGAGAGAUUAACGGAGAGGCUGAGCAAGAGAAUGGGGAAAUUAGUGGACAAAGUAAAUUCAGGCUCUUAAAUAUCAACGCUUUGCUUUCGCAAAAGACCGAAAACGCAGUUGAAUAAGGCAAAACAAGAGCCCUCUCUCUCCCCCGAGUCUGUGUCGAGGACGGUGGCAGGUGUUCAGUUGAGGGAGACGCAUCGCCUCAGUCAGCUCCCCAAGCCCCAACAGGGUGCUGGAGACGGAGAAAAACGGAUAAAACCCCGCUAACUGUAGCCAAGAACUCCCGUGAGUAUGAACGGAUAACGAUAAAACGUUUUUAAGUAAGUUUCUUUCGUCGGAUGGACUGUUUGUGGAGGACCGUUGAAGACUGGAUGAAAAAGCGAAAGGCUCGUGUCGCAGUAGCAGCAGUGAGAGUAAUAUAACGUUACAGUCCCUGUAACGGCCGUUUGUUCAGUUCAAACAGACUGUUACUUUGGCUUGUACUAGCUAACGUUAACUCUUCGCCGGUGAAUGUACAGAAAAGAAAACUCUCAGUUGUUGCUGAGAAACUUGUAAUGCGUCUAUGUUUUUUUUUUCUUUUUUGCUAACCUGUUGUGUCAUUUUUCCGUGUAAUCCGAGACCCAGCGCAUUACGGCAAGUUAGCCUAUCGGGUAUCCGAGGCAAGAGGACCCCAUUAGGAAGAGUGGUGGAUAAUCGACGACUUGUUUAGUUAACAGUUAAUUAGGAUUUCUAACUUUAGAUAACAAGCGGCAUCCCAUCACGCUUCUCCAUCACCACACUUGGGGGGGAAUUAAAAUACAGACUAUCUGUGCAGUUUGUUUGCACAAAAAAACAAAAAAAACAGGGGUAUUAACAGUAACAAUUACUGGAUUGAUUUUUAGAACACAUACACACACACACACACACACACACACACACACACACACACACACACACACACACACACACACAUACAGGGAAAAUUAUGGAUGGAUAAUUGCUUCUCUGUUAUUACGACCACUCUCUAAACAGCUAAAUGAUCCGCGGGACAAAUCCCCGGUAAAGACAUUAAAACAAGCGUGGAUUUGAGGUCGAUGGCAGAGAAUAAGCCGAUAAAUCUAAAACACUUAAAUGUAUUAAUUCCUUGCUCUGAUCAAUCCGAAAAUGAGGUAUCACAGGACGCAGAAAAACACGGACUCCGCCACAGCACAUAGAGAUCACCGUGCCGUUACACCGUAAAGCCAGACACUAGUGAGGGGAAAGUAUUUCUGCUGGUGAGGCGAACCCCCCUUCCUCAUUCUCCCGCUGCCUGCUGAGUUUUGGACACCGGAGCUAGAGAGUCAAGAUCGGGGAGCUUUCCGGCAGCGACAGCGGUGAACUCCCGUACCUCUGAGCUUCGCUUCACCGGGAGCGCGGAGCCGAAACCCGUUUCUCUCUCCGCUCCGACUUCUUCCCACUCGUGCGCAGAGCAGAGAGAGAGUUGCAGCAGCAAAGCACAAGCGGACACUGACACUGUUGGUCCCCUCUCCCGCAUGAUUAAACCGGAAAUUUGCUGCCCUACGAGGUCCCCGGAGCGUGUGGAGGGACCCGCAGCAGGGAGCCGGCAGAAGAUGACGGGGAUGGGGACAGGGACGGCCCGGAGUGGGAGCCGGUGUCAGCCUCUUUUUCUCCUGCUCCUCCUCGGCAGCAGCUGCCACAUGUUGCACGGGCAAGAGUCAGAGGUUGCUCCCUACCUGCGAGGGGCUGGACUGGGGCAGCAGGUGGUGUUGGAGGGAAACAGGCUGGUGCUGACCUGCCUGGCUGGAGGCAGCUGGCCUCUGCAGUACCGCUGGACUCUCAACAACAGCAACAUCACCGACUGGACACCGCAGUACAGGCUGUCGGUCCAGUCUCUGAAGAGGACCAAUGCUGGCCUGUAUCAGUGUAUGGUGAGGAACAGGAUGGGAGCAGUCAUACACAGGAGUACAGAGAUGCAGGUGGCCUUUAUAGGGAACUUCUCCGCUGAGGAGCAGAGAAAGACGGUGACUCAGGGCCGAGCAGCCAUCAUCAGCCAGCCUCCCCUCGCCUCCUUCCCCCGACCCCUAGUCACAUGGUACAAAGACGGACACAAGAUAAUCCCCAACAACCAAAUUACAAUCACUUUGGACAAUCAGCUGGUCGUCUUAGCAACCACUGCAGCGGACGCUGGACGUUACCACGUAGAGGCGGUGAACGAGAUGACAGGAGAGAAUGUGACAAGUCCUGCUGUCUACCUGAGCAUCUCAGUUGGCAAGAAGAACCGAGGGUCAACAGAUCCUGAAUCAGAACUUGUGGCUCCGGCAAUUGUGAUCGGACCUAAAGACACAACAGUGGUGGCAGGAAGUGAGGCGACACUGGAGUGCAUUGCUAACGCCAGACCGAUUGACAGCCUUGUGGUGUCAUGGAAACGUGAUGGGCGUCAUCUGGCGAGUGGGCGUCGGCUCACUCUUCCUGCCCCCACCUCUUUGGACACAGGGUUAUAUGUUUGUGAAGCGUUGCUUAGCAACAGCACUGCCAAACCUGUGGAGGCAAGGGCACACCUCACUGUGACGGAGCCACCUUCUUUGACUGCUAAACCUAAGAGGAAGAUCCACGCUGACCUCGACAGGAAUGUAGAUAUCCCCUGCCUGGCUACAGGCGUGCCCCAGCCCAGGAUAGAGUGGUAUAAGGACGCGGUGCCUCUUUCCAUACUGGCCAACCCUCGCUACAAGGUCUCUGCAGGGACCGGGCUGACGGUGCGCAGGGUGCAGCCAGGAGACGGAGGAAUAUUCCAGUGCUUCGCUCGCAACGCUGCUGGAGAAACUCAGGCACACACACAACUCCUUGUUUCUAGCGUGGCCCCCACAUUUACAUUUCCUCAGUCUGACCAAACAGUAACUGAUGGGACCACAGCCUUGUUUAUGUGCCAGGCGAGCGGAGCUCCAAAACCUGCCAUCACCUGGAGGAAAGGAUCACAGAUCUUAGCUAGUGGCUCUGUCCAGGUUCCCAGAUUCACACUGUUGCAGUCAGGUGGUUUGCAGAUUCAGCCAAUCAGCUUACAGGAUACAGGAGAAUACACAUGCAUCGCCUCCAACUCAGAGGGAACCAUCAACGCCACCUCUAUGCUCACCGUCUGGAGUCGAACAGUCAUUUCUGUGCCUCCAACAGACCAGCGCGUCAUCAAAGGAACCACUGCUAUUCUAGACUGUAAUGCUACACAUGACCCCAGAGUCAAUAUCAGCUUUAAGUGGAAUCGAGGUGGUUUGCCGCUCCGUCCCACCAGUGGGGGCCGUGUCUCCAUGCGCCAAGGCUCCCUCACCAUUGGCCAGACGUGGUCAGGUGACAUUGGGGAUUACACCUGCACCGUGACAUCACAGGCUGGCAACGAUUCUCGCUCCGCACGCCUGGAAGUAAUUGAGCUGCCACACUCUCCUCGCUCCCUGACGGCCCGUCUCAAUGACUCUGACUCCCGCUCCGUCCUCCUGUCCUGGCUACGUCCCUUUGAUGGGAACUCCCCACUUCUGCACUACCUGCUGGAGCUCUCUGAGAACAAUUCACCGUGGAAGGUCUACCUAUCAGAGGUCGAUCCUGUGGUGACUGAGGUAUCAGUGGGCGGGCUCACACCUGCCAGGACCUAUCAGUUCAGGCUCUGUGCUGUCAAUCAAGUGGGCAGGGGUCAAUACAGCGCUGAGACACAGAGAUUGAUGCUGAGGGAGGAGGCACCCAGCGCUCCUCCAAAGAACAUUGUGGCCAGUGGGCGGACAAACCAGUCCAUCAUGGUCCAGUGGCAGCCUCCGCCAGAACCCCAGCUCAACGGAGUCCUCCGAGGAUACGUACUCAGGUACCGUCUGGCAGGGCUGCCAGGGGACUACCAGGAGAAGAACAUCAGCAGCCCAGAGACCAACUACUGUCUGCUAAAAGAUCUGAUCAUCUGGACACAAUACCAGAUCCAGGUGGCUGCCUUCACUGGAGCCGGCCUGGGCGUCUACAGCAGCCCUGUCACUGAGUACACUCUGCAGGGAGUUCCCACAGCACCUCCGCAGGAAGUGGAAGUUUUAGCUAUCAACUCGACUACCAUCCGCUUCACAUGGAACCCUCCGCCUCAGCAGUUUAUUAAUGGCAUCAACCAGGGAUACAAGCUGCUAGUCUGGCCAGAGCAGUCUCCAGAGGAAAAUAUUGUGGUAACCAUCACCCCAGACUACCCCAGUUCACGCCACACAGGAUUAGUCAGCGGACUCAAGAAAUUUACCUGGUACUUUGGCUCCACUCUCUGCUUCACAACACCUGGAGACGGCCCCCGCAGCCUGCCCACCCUGCUGCAGACACAUGAGGACACACCUGGACCCGUUCGUUUCCUGAGCUUCACUGAAAUCUUGGACACAUCCCUCAGAAUCAGCUGGGCGGAGCCUGAAGAUAAGAAUGGCAUCAUCACUGGCUACGUGUUGUGGUGGGAAGUGUCUGGCGUAGAGUCAAGUCGUGAGGAACGUUCACUGUCCAACUCCACCCUGCAGUACCAGCUGACUGGCCUCACCUCCACCACCGUGUACGCCCUACAGGUGGCAGCGCUCACUGCCGCAGGACGGGGCGUGGUCACAUCCUCCACCAUCUCCACUGGAGUCCCACCAGAACUUCCUGGUGCACCAUCUAAUUUAGUCAUCUCCAACAUCAGCCCUCGGACAGCAACACUUCGGUUCCGCCCUGGUCCUGAUGGCAAGACCGCCAUAUCUCGAUGGAUAGUAGAAGGCCAGGUAGUGAAGUUGGAUGGAAAGGACGAGGACUGGAGAGUUGUCUACCAGAAAGAAAACCAGCCAGAUGCAGACGCGCUGGAGAUCCCCGACCUCACUCCGUUCACCCAGUACAGGUUCAGGAUGCGGCAGGUGAACAUUGUCGGCUUCAGUGCCAUGAGCGCCCCCUCCAGGAUAAUUCAAACCCUACAGGCUGCCCCUGACACACACCCCUCUAACCUCACUCUGCUGUCUGCCACACAGACCAGCCUGCGCUUCAACUGGAAGCCUCUUCCAGAGUCCGAGUACAACAGCAGUCCAGAGACUGUAGGAUACCGGCUGCGUGUGUGGAGGACCGACGGCCAGGGGGAGGACAGGACCGAGGAUGUGGAGAGAGCAGCGGGGACCAAUGAGACCACAAUAGAGAGCCUGAAUCCCUGGACCCAGUACCAGGUUCAGAUACAGGCCUACAACUCCAUAGGACCUGGACCAUGGAGCAACACUGUCGCCGCACUCACCGCAGAAUCUGUUCCAUCUGGAUCGCCGGUGAAUGUGACUGCUGAGGCAGUGAGUUCCACCAGGAUCCUGCUCAAAUGGUCUGCUCUCCCUCAGGCACAGAAGAAUGGAGCCAUACUUGGAUAUAAGGUGUUGUACAGUGAGAAGGACUCAGAAGGUCCCCCCAGUGUUCAGAUGGUAGAAGGAGAGGGGAGUGUGACGCUGCUCCUCGGGAUUCUCCAAAAAUACACUGUGUACGUGCUGCAGGUGCUGGCGUACACACGGAUAGGUGACGGCCCACUGAGCAACCCGAUACUGCUCAGAACCAAAGAAGAUGUCCCAGGCCCCCCUGUCAGGAUGGUGUUUCCAGAAGUUCGGUUGUCAUCAGUUAGGGUGGUUUGGCAGCCACCCACGAACCCCAAUGGCAUCUUGUUAGGCUACCAGAUCUCCUACCGCUUGGACAGCAGGGACCCUCAGCGAUGGACCACAGUGGAGGUGGGCUCCAACGCUCGACAGUUCACCGUCACAGGACUUUCCCCUGAGCAUGCGUACGUGUUCCGACUCACUGCUCGCACCGCCGUGGGCUGGGGUGAAGAACAGGAAGCCUUGGUUGUUACCACUGAACGCAGAGAGCGUCCCCAGCCACCCAGGAAGUUGGCUGUUCCUCAGGACGGGGUUGAAUCUCGCCAUCUCCGCCUCCACUGGGUGACGGGUGGCACAGGGUCCUCCCCACUGAGGUACUUCACUCUGCAGGUCAAAGAGCUGCCCAGUGGGGACUGGAACACACACACCGCUGACAUCCCGCACAACGUGACCACCUGGACCAUUGACAGGCUGAAGCCCUUUACGUCAUACAAAUUUCGGAUGCUGGCCACCAACGAUGUAGGGGACAGUGUCCUUAGCAAAGAGACAGAGGCGGUUACAACUCUGCAGGAUGUGCCUAAUGAGCCUCCAGUGAUCCUCGCAGUGAAACCAACAACCACUACCUCAGUCCUGGUGCAGUGGAAGCGUCCCGAUGACAACAGUAUCAACGGGGUGUUGACCGGAUAUCGGCUGUAUUAUAGAGAGCUCCCAGCAAACACCUCCACUUUCGCUAAAGCAGAAGUCCAGGCAACCAAAAACAACACCACAAGUGCCCUCAUUACAACCAAGAGCACCUUCAAGACAGUCAGCAGUGCCUCGCUAACAGAGUUUGAGUUGACACAACUAAAGAAGUUCAAACACUACCAGAUUGUUAUGACAAGCUACAAUAUCAUCGGAGAGAGCCCACCCUCCACCCCAGUCGAGGUGUCUGUUGGAGAGGCAGCUCCAUCGGUGGCCCCUCAGUCUAUCAGAGUGUCAGCUGUGUCUUCCUCCAUCCUGGAAGUGACUUGGGACACCCCCCCCCUUGAGACCCAAAAUGGUCUCAUCCAAGGAUACAAGAUCCACUACUGGGAGAGGGACAAGCAGAACCAGAGUGAGAAGGUCAAGGUGAUUUUUGUCCCAGACACCCGUGUGCACCUCACCAACCUGACCAGCUACACACCUUACCUGGUGACUCUGACUGCCUUCAACAUGGCUGGAGACGGCCCUCCCAGUGACCCCCGCGGAUCCCGCACUCUGCAGUCGGCUCCCAGCCAGCCCAGCUACCUGUCCUUCUCAGAGGUGACAGGAGGAAGUGUCAAUGUGUCCUGGGGAGCUCCACUCACUCCUAAUGGACAGCUGGAGGGCUACAGGAUCAUCUACCAGCCCACUGCUCCUGUACAAGGAGUGAGUAAAGUGGUGACAGUGGAUGUGCGGGGCAGCUGGCAGAGAUGGUUGAAGGUUCGAGACCUGGUCAAAGGAGCGACGUACACGUUCAGUGCUCAGGCUCUCACAGUCAGCUAUGGACCACCCAUACAAGCAAACAUCAGUGCUCAGCCUGUGCAAGGCGCCCCUGGGUCACCCAUGGAAAUGUCCAUCACCAAGACGUCGUCUGCGCUCACUAUCCACUGGACAGAGGGAGAAAUCGGAGCAGCACCUGUCACUGGCUACGUGAUUGAGGCUCGUCCAUCAGAUGAAGGAGUGUGGGAUUCCUUCAUCAGACUCCUCCCUCCCAGCAGCAGAUCGGUUUCAGUGCCGCUGGAGCGCCUCAGGUCAGGGAUCAGCUAUGAGUUUAGAGUCAUCGCUGUUAAUCGCUAUGGCUACGGACAGCCGAGCACACCUACUACUGCUCUUGCUGCGCUGUCAGAGCGUCCGUUCUACGAGGAGUGGUGGUUCCUGCUGGUCAUGGCUCUGGUGGGACUCAUCCUCAUUCUGGUCCUGGUCUUCACACUGCUGCUGCAUGGGCACAGCAGCAAGUACAAAGCCUGUGGCACAGGGAAGCACAUGUCCACAGCAGAAGAGUCAGUAACGUUAGACAACGGAGGUUUCACUGCUCUGGAGCUCAACAGCAGAACGCUCAACACCAAGAACUCCUUCCUGAAAAAGAACGGGACUAGGUCUCCUCCCAGGCCCAGUCCAGGUGGUCUUCACUACUCUGACGAGGACAUAUGUAACAACUAUAACGGAGCAGUGCUCACUGAGAGCACCACACUCACUGAGAAACCCACCGAGCUCUCUGAGUCAGAGUUAACAGACAGCGACUACGAGGACGAGCAGCCCAAGCACUCCUUUGUCAACCACUACAUGAGCGAUCCCACCUACUAUAACUCCUGGAAGCGGCAGCCCAAAAGCCUUAAACCGAUCAGCACUCCUUUUGGCUACGAAGAGUGUGCCACUGCAGAAACGGAGCCCUACUACCAGACCGUGGUUACCCAGCACAGCACAGGCGGUGCGUACACACCCACAGGGCAGCCUGCGCACACACACGUCAACCCCAACACCAACCCGCCUCCAGGGUCACGCACCCCUGUGACGGGAUUCUCCUCAUUUGUUUGACUCUAGAGACAAAAUCUGCACAAAAUGAUACACACACACGUACACAAAAUGAAGGAGGGGGCCCGGUAUGUGUUUGGACUAAAGGAGACAGAGCCGGCGGCUUCAGAGGAGAGGGAAGGAUGAGAUGGGGAGACGUGAGACGGACUGGUGACCAAACAGCCCUUCAUGCCCCAAAGAACUAAAUCUACACUUCUCACUCGCCUUCUCCCCUCGUUCACAAAGAUCCUCACUGUGUCGACAAGUGUGUGUGUGUGUGUGUGUGUGUGUGUGUGUGUGUGUGUGUGUGUGUGUUGCCCUCCUACUCUAUUGCGCCCCUGUGUCACUGUGCUUACACACACAGUUACUGUCCUCGUUUCCACACACACACAUUUACACCGGCAUAUACCACCAGAUAUUCAUGCCUAUUCCAGAGACUCUCCCGACGAGAGCUAAAAGCGAUUACUACAUGAGUUUGUUUGUGUAACUGUCGAGAGGAUUCGACUUCAAACUGAUGGAACGUGGAGUUUCUGCACAACGCUUCUUCUCUGUUUUCUGUAUUUACACAUGUGCACAAAUACACACGCAUGCACUCCCUGAUGAGCCAUUUCAGUAUCUCCCACUGGGAGAGAGGAACUUCAAGGUUGAGGAGAAUCAUUAAAAGACGGCACAGAAGGGAGCAGCUUUUGUUGACGGACUGGUUCAUGUACACAAACACGAAGCUGUCAGCUUUAAAAUACCACCACACAGGGGAAAAGAAAAAAAAAAUCAAUAAUCACAGUUUUUUAACUUGAUAAUGGACGGAGAGCGAGCGUGGGCGGGGAGGUUCUUCAGAAGUUAAGGCAUUCUCAGUGAGAGUGUUGUGUGGUUUCUGAGAGCGAUAUGUGAUGUGGGUCGGAAUAUAUGAAAACCAUGUUUUUUACCGUCUACUGCCUGUUAUCAGCGCUCCUUAUACCACAGCCCUGCAAGCCAUAAUGCUUGCACUGAGCCGAACCCCACACAUUUCAUCUCUCUUCUGUUGAAGUUUAAUUUUUUUACAAGUUUGAAUGUGUGUUUGAGUGUGACACGUGUGCAUACAAGCAUGCGUGUUUAAAUGGCUCUAUGCACAGCUUAGAAGCCUGUUCAUCCGUCUGUUGUUCACUGCUAAGCAAAGCGUGCCAUUGUAUGUAUGUUUGUGUUUUUAAGAUGGAUUUUGUACAGGGAAACCCUUUUUACAUGUGUGCUGUUGUAUGUAGUUCAACCAUGUUUGUGUAAUUCAAAGCAAAUAGUGAAACAGCGAUGAAGCGGGUUCUCAGCCACACUGACCGAUGAGAGGAAAAAGAAGGGAGAUCGUUUAACAAGAAUCAUGAAAAACUAAGCUGCAGUGAAUGAGCGUGGAACAAGAUUACAGGAUAUUUUAGAAAAUCAUUGUUGUUCAAACUGAGUGUGAUUGAACUUUGAAUCAUAAGCCCCCACUAUCUGUACCCUGACCUCAACUCCAGCAGCCAAGCUGACACACAUGUACUUUGUAGUGCAACAAAAAUCAUCUGUAAGUUUUUGUUCAUGAAUAAUUUUAAGAUUUCUCCUCCUUCCCAGCCAGCCAGCAGCCUCCCUCACUCUGUCAUGCUUGUUUUUAGUCCCAUUACAGUGUGUGAAUAAAUGGUCAUUGUUUAA